AUGUGGUUAAUAAUCACACCAGUCAUCAUAAUAGGAGUUGCAACUAUCCUAUCUUUUAUUUGCACAAUCCAUCGGAAGAAAAGAACAGCCGAGGAAAAAAUAAACGCCUCCUCAUCUCCCCGAAGAUCACUAUCACUAUCACGAUCACGAACAAACGAUACUAGAAAUCCCCGACCAUAUUCUUCACAUAAACCGAAUUCGGGUCGACCAACUGGUGAGAUGGGUGCAGCGAGAGCGGCAUUAGGGGCGACGAUUCAUCCACCUACACCUCUACCUCUACCUCCACAGAUGGAACAAGCACCUAUAAUACAUGGACGACCAACGGGUCAAAUGGGUGCCGCGAGAGCGGCACUGGGUGCUACGAUCGAGCCUGGAGUUACCGGACUCGGGAUUCAAAAUGUUCCCAUACAAUGGGAUUCAGGAUGUGUGGUUACGCGGCCCGAAGCAGCAAGAAUAAAUACCGUAACUCAAGAACCCGGAUCUGUGUAUUCACUACGAGCUAGACCUGGUGAGAAUACGACACAGAUGAUGCAAAGAGUCGAUGAGGAAUUAAGAUUCCAUCAAGCUGUUUCUCGGUAUCCUAUCUUUGCGGAUUCUGUACCUAGUACUGCGUUGCCUGUUCUACGGGAAUCUAGAAGAGAAACUCGGGAAAGGCGGGAAAAUCGUCAGAUGACUUUAGAUGAGGAGGUAAAUCGACAGGUAGCUUCCUUUCCUAUUUUCCAGCAAAAUUCAAGAAAUGGAUAUCAGCAUGUUAUUCCUACGGGAAAUAAUGGAGAGGAAUAUAGAGAAGUGACAACAAAUACAAAUACAACAAGAGAUGGUGAUGAUGACGAAUUAUGGAGAGAGGUAGCCACACUUCCUCUAUUUCAAAAUACACCUACUUAUCGCUCGACGCCGACGAGGAGACCUGAUCCGCUAACUCCGAGGUUUGUGACGCCGCCGCCGGCGUAUGAGUAUGCGCCUGCUUAUGGGGAGGAUGAUGGGAUUGGUGCUCGAGAUGGGUAUGCGUCAGGGUUAGGGUUAGGAAGUCAAGGUAGAAAUGGAGGUUUUGGGGAUAAUGGUGGAGUUGGUCCUGCUGCUUUACCUCCGGCUUAUGUUAGGUAUGAGGGAAGGAGGUGA